UUCUUGUUUUGUAAACUUUUCUCAGAUAUUGAACUAAAGUGAAGCAAAUUCUGCAGUAUUUCUCCAAAAUCUUUACAAUAUUCAGUGAAAAUGUAUUCAAUGCGAUUCCAUUCGUUUAUCGCAAUCAAUUUUGAGUGAUAGUUUUGGAUAAUCAGUAAAAGCCAUCAUUUUUAGUGGAUUAAAAGAAGCUGCCCCUUAAAAGCACUGAAAUUCGUACAAAAAAACUUAUGCAAACAUUAAACACCAUGUCCACCUCAACAACGGACAUGACGGCCUACUGCCGAGUCUGUAUGGCCACACCGGAAGCUGGCUUCAGCAGUCUGUACGAAUCGUCAUCCUCAUCCUCUGGCCAACCCAGUCUGCACGGCAUGUUGAGCGUCAUAUGCGCGCCGAUUUUCGCUAAACCAGCGCCGGAAGAGUCAACUCCCAAGUGGCCGGCCAAUGCUUGCGAAACGUGCAAAAAUGCCAUCGUAGCCGCAUUCAAACUGCACCAGCAGUGCAUCGAAACGGACCGGCAACUGAAUAAGAUCUUUGCCGUGAAGCUGGAAGUCGAGGAAGAAGUGGUUGAGGAAGCGAAAGACAACAUUGACGAUCCGUUGGAAGAGAUUAAGGUGGAACCGCUGGAAGUGAUGAUGGUCGAGCUGGACGAAAAUGACGCCGCCGAUGAUGAUAAGUCGGACGACGGAGGUGACAAUAGCAGCGAUUCUGACUGGGAGGAGGACGACACCGAAAAGAGAACCUGUAAAGUAUGUUCCAAAGUGGUGGACAAGGUUUCACAGCUGGGCAAACACAUGAAAAAGGAACAUCCGGAUCGACCACACGUGUGCCGGAUUUGCAGCGAAUCGUUCAAGUCGUACUCAGGAUUGCAAUACCACAAAGUGACGCAUAAAGGGCCGGCAACAUGCGAUGAAUGCGGAAAGACCUUUGUGACCAAGGGCAGCUUGAAUAACCACCAGAAGUUGGGACAUUGCCACGGUAAAAAGUAUCCUUUCGCCGCCGAGGCAGGCAAGAAAAAGUCUUCAGCGCAGAGUGAUCAAUCGAAGACCUGUAAAGUAUGUGGUGAAGUUCAGAAAAAUGCUUACGCGCUGAACGUCCAUGUCAAGAAACUGCACGCGGACUGUGUGCUCCACUGUGACCAGUGCAAUUUGGUGUUCUUCAAACCGUACGGUCUCGAAAAGCACAAAAAGAGUCACGCUUCCGGCCAGUUUAGCGUUUGCAAAAUUUGUAAAGAGGAGUUCCCGACGAGAGAUGCAAUGCGCUACCAUAUGCGAAAUCACGACGGACCGUUCAACUGUACCGUGUGCGAUAAAUUGAUUCACACUAAAACGGCCCUCACAACCCACAUGAAGCGUCACUCUGGUCAUAAACCAUUCUCUUGCGAGAUGUGCCCGAUGAAGUUCUUCUCGCGGAUGGAAAAGAUUCAGCACAUGGUCACGCACACAAAGGUUCGCGAUCACGUUUGCGACCUCUGCGGAUCCGGCUUUACCAAGUCGGACUCUUUGAUCAAGCACAAGAUUCGCGUUCAUGAAAAACUUCGCCCAUUCCCAUGUACACUGUGCACGUUGAAGUUUGCCAACUCUCACCAGCUGCAGCGCCAUAUGCGUACCCACACAGGAGAAAAGCCAUACAAAUGCCAUUACUGCGAUCGCGCGUACUCGCAGAGCAACGAUUUGGUCAAACAUACGAAGAUCCACGUGGGAGCUCAUCCCUAUGCCUGCGAUCGCUGCGACGAAAGCUUCCGACUGCUGACCGAACUGCGCCAGCACUACCAGGUCCACGUGCAAGCCGGCGACGAUCCAAAGCUGCCGGACGAGCUCUCGUUCACCAGUGUGGCCACGCUGAACCGACGAUUCGACAAGGAACGGCAGCAGCAGAAAGUGGGGGAAGCGGCGAAUGAGUCGUCGGCUUGAAAUGAUAUUUUAUACUCGGAUUAACUUAAUAAAUUAUCUAUUCAGCAGUAGUGA